AUACAAUGAAACAGAGCGAGUAAAUUAUGCCAAAUAUUUAAUACUGUACUGACGUAGAAUUCAUUAACGGACCACGCAGAGCACCGCUGGGACUGUUGAUGUAAGACCGCGGGAGACUGGGACCCGAGUUUCUGGUUUAUAUACCCGAGUCCCGUAAGCCUGUCGGCUACUCAGGAUCGGCGCACGAGGAAUGGGAGGCCAUGGUGUCAGAAGCACGUUACUUCACACUCCUCCAUCGCAAGUGUGUACAGUAAUGAUGUGAAACAGGGACAUAUACAUGUGUAGGUGAUACCCAGUUUUGACGGGGUCAAUUAAUUUACACUGGACUAGGACAGGUGCGAGAUUCAUUAGCACAGAUAUAUCCGUAACCAUGCCAACCGUAUGUAGUAGGGGGCGCUCUAUGACAUCAGACACGUGAUGGCCUAAUCCCAAGGCUAUGCCAGACGACACCAGUCUAAAAUGUCCAAGAACAGUCAGGAUUUCCAGAUCGAGCGUGACGUCAAAUAUGGAGCAACAGCUAAUAACAAUGAGGACGAUUUGGAAGAGGAAGAAGCGGAAGUCGAGGUCGUCAAUGGCGACAGAAAGAUUCUAAUGUACAAGGUCAUCGCUGUCGUCAGUACUUGUAUUACUGUUAUUCUGUUGGCUACAGUGAUAGUGUUAGGGAUAUUUUACCAGAGAGCACCAGUUUGUGAUCAAGGUCUUCCGUUCAUUCCGAAUAAUCUUGAGAAGCCGGAGAUUUUUGACGAACUGACAGUAGCAGAGUUAGAGACAGUCAGAGAUUACCUUAUUUCCAGAAAAGACUUAAAUCUCGUGUCUUUUGAUGAGGCGACAAUCAACAGCAGUUACAUAUAUAUGAUUGACCUAUUGCUUCCACUGAAAGCGGCUGUCCUAAAGAAUUUAGAUCGCGGCGGAAGACAGCCUGUUCGAACAGCAAAGGUUGUUGUAUUCCGCGGUGAUCUUCGCCCUCCUCGCGUUGAGGAGUAUCAUGUCGGACCGAUUCCCCGGCCUACGUAUGCCCGUCUCGUCACAAAUCCAUCAUAUACCAGGUCACGUUUGCCAUUCAGUGCCCGACCUGUCAGUGUAAUAGAAUACAAAGCCUUGUACGUACAUUUAGAACAGGCGAGCGAAGAUCUUUACUUCCUCCUUCGCGACAGUUACAAUUUAGCGUUUCACAAUUGUACAAGAGGCGUAGACUGCAUAAUAUUCAAGGAUACGGCUCCGAGAGGAUUGAAGAGCGGAGACCGGAAGACAUGGUUCUGGGCCUUCCGUGAUAUAGAAGGCUCAGCUCUGCACCCGCUAGGAUUGGAGAUCCAAAUAAACCAUGAAUCUAUGGAUACCUCGAAAUGGCACAUCAGCAGGAUUUUGUACAACGGCUAUCUUUUCUACUCGGUGGAAGAGCUGAUGACGCAAUAUAUGGACAAUCGAAUAACAAAAAUCGCUAUUGAUCCCGUGGGGUUCAAAGAACAUCUUUAUUCCUCGUAUGUGAAAAGAGGAAAAACAAACGCAGUGCCUUCUCAAGGUCCGAAAUUGGUCGAGCCAAACGGUAGGAGGUACAUGGUGGUUGGAAAUCAUAUAAAAUACAUUGAUUGGGACUUCCACGUCCACAUGCGGUCGUCGACCGGAUUGCAGAUCUUCGACGUUCGAUUCCAGGAGGAACGUAUUGGUUACGAAAUAUCAUUACAGGAUGCUGUUGUGAUGUACUCGGGGUUUGGGCCAUCUCAAAGUUCUACUGUCCAUUACGACACGAGCAUGUUAAUGGGCAGAUUGACUUUUGAGAUGGUCCCCGGUGUUGAUUGUCCGGAUACUGCUGUGUUUUUAGACGCUCAUCAUUUUGUGGAUACAAGUACUCCGCGGAAAUUUAAAAAUGCUAUUUGCAUAUUUGAAAACAAUGGUGGCAUACCACUUCGACGCCAUUACGAAAGUGACAGACGAGGUGGGUUCAAAAGUUACGGUGGUCUGGUGGACUACCAUCUUGUCGUAAGAACUAUAGUUAGUAUAUGGAGUUAUGACUUUAUAUUUGAUUAUAUAUUCCAUCUUAAUGGCGCCAUAGAAAUUAAAGUAUCUCAGACCGGUUAUAUACAGUCUACGUAUGCCCUGCCGUACGAGUCUACGUUCGGGUAUAGAAUACACGAGUUCGUUAUAGGAACAUUACAUCAACAUCUAUUUCAUUUUAAAGUAGAUCUAGAUAUCAACGGACCUAGAAACCGAUAUGCCACACUGGAUACGUCGGUGAUUACGAAGCCAAGCCAGUGGUACAGGGACGUCAAUCACACGUAUAUAGGAUUUGAGAAAGUGGACAGAAAACGAGAGCAGGAUGUGAUAUUUGAAACCGGUGAUGCGUCGAAACAGAGAUUUGAUAUAAUUUAUAAUAAUUAUGCAACUAGUAAAUUUGGGGCAAAUCGAGCUUAUAGGAUAUUUAACCUUGCAAUGUCGGAUCUUCUUUUGGAAGACGCCGAUGUUGCAAAUGCUGCAAGAUGGGCCAAAUAUCCUCUUGCCGUGACACAGUUUAAAGACACAGAGGAGAUGUCUACGUCUAUUUAUGCCCAGAAUGACCCAUGGCAACCAGUGGUGGACUUUGACAGAUUCCUCUUUAACAAUGAAUCUAUAGUAGACGAAGACUUGGUUGCCUGGGUAACGAUGGGGCGAAUUCACAUUCCACACACGGAAGAUGUACCUUCCAACACGAUAACUGGAAAUCAGUAUUCAUUUUUCCUGUUGCCGUUUAACUAUUUCACAGAGUGUCCAAGUAUCGGAUCACCUAACGCGGUCCGGAUUCAGCCGGCUCUGCCUCCGGACGGUAAUAAGGUGGACACAUUCGGCACGUCGUUCGAGUCCACUUGUGUUCAGGAGUCCGUGGGCCCGUUCGAAUACAAUGGACGUUGGGAUCACGUGGUCUCCGACGAGGACUAGAUAAUUUUAUUUGAUCUCUUGUACUAAUUCUAUGGUAUAUUUAGUAAUAUUAAAACGCUCGAAAACCUUC